AUGGCUCAUUUUGCUGAUCAUGGCAAGAGAAGAUGCAGAUGGGUGAAUGGCCCACUCAUAGUAGGAGCAGGUCCUUCGGGGCUGGCCGUGGGCGCGUGCUUGAAGGAGCACGGCGUCCCCUCCGUCAUCCUCGAGAGGUCCAACUGCAUUGCCUCGCUUUGGCAAAGCCGAGCCUACGACCGCUUGAAGCUCCACCUCCCCAAGCAGUUCUGCCAGCUUCCUAAGCUCCCCUUUCCUGAGGACUUCCCCGAGUACCCCUCCAAGAACCAGUUCGUGGAUUACUUGGAGUCCUACGCCGCGCACUUCCAGCUAAAUCCACGGUUCGACGAGACGGUGGUGUCGGCGAAGCGUGACAACACAUGCGGCAUGUGGCGGGUGAGGACUUGCGUCGGCCGCCAUGGGAGCAGGGGCAGAAGAACCGAGGUGGAGUACAUUUGCCAGUGGUUAGUGGUGGCCAGAGAUGGAAGGAAUGGAGAAAAAUAUUUCAUCACAUUUAUAGAUGAUCUGUCCAGAUAUGGCAAAGUGAUGCAUGCUAGCGACUACAGAUCCGGCGAGGCGUACCGGGGAAGACAAGUCCUCGUCGUAGGCUGCGGGAACUCUGCCAUGGAAGUCUGCCUUGAUCUCUGCCACCACAAUGCCUUCCCAACCAUGGUGGUGCGCGAUGCAGUUCAUGUGCUGCCAAGGGAGACAUUUGGGAGAUCGACCUUUGAGCUGGCUGUUUCCUUGAUGAAAUGGCUGCCGGUGAAGGUGGUGGACAAGGUGCUCUUGAUCUCAUCAUGGAUGAUACUUGGAAACGUCGAGAAAUAUGGACUACGGCGGCCUUCUCUCGGCCCCUUGGAGCUGAAGAACACGCAGGGGAAGACCCCAGUUCUGGACAUUGGUGCCCUGCAAAAGAUCAAGACAGGUGAGAUAAGGGUGGUUCCUGGAAUCAAGAGGCUGUUGCAUGGUCGAGCAGAGCUCGUCGACGGACGAAUUCUCGAUGUAGAUUCGAUCAUCCUCGCGACCGGUUAUCACAGCAAUGUUCAUUCAUGGCUGCAGGGCACAGAGUUCUUCAACAAGGAUGGAUUUCCAAGCCAGGCAUUCCCAGAUGGGUGGAAGGGGGGUUCAGGACUUUAUGCUGUUGGAUUCACAAGGAGAGGGCUCUCUGGUGCAUCCAUGGAUGCUGUGAAGAUAGCAGAAGACAUCGGCAGGGUGUGGAAAGAGGAGACCAGACAGGCCAAGCACAUCACUGCUUGUCACAGAAGAUGCACUUCACAGAACUGAGGAAGAACUUCACAACUAUUACUAAUUUACUUUCCUCUGUCUCUCUCUCUCUCUCUCUCUCUUCAUGUAACAACGACUGUAGCAUGCAAAAUAACACAAGUGAGA